AUGUCUAUCGAAAUACCUCCGCCCGACGAGGAGGAGCGGUACUUGGAGAAGCUUGUGUUUGGCGACAGUGAGGGAUUCGGUGAGAACCUGAAACAGGUCGACAAACUGUUCGAUUUUGAGCAACAGGAGAAGGAUUUGUUCACAUAUGACGAUAGCAGUGAGGACGAGCAUUUGGACCAGCUGAAAAACAGGGACGCCGUUUCCGAGUCCGAGUCCGACGCCGAGAGCGGCAACAUGGACACCAUGGCGGACGAGGACCUCUACUUUGUCGACGAGAGCGACGAGGACAGAAUGGACACAGACUCCGACAACGAGCCAGCUUCCGACUCCAUGAGCGAGUACAGCGACGACGACGAGGCCGCGUGGCAGGACAGCGACGACGAAAAGGUCAGCGUGUCUCUUCUGGGUGCCGACAAGUUGCGCAAGCUGCGCAAGACCGCCCAAGACGACAAAAUCAGAGGCAAGCAGUAUAUCCACCGGCUGCGGGAGCAGUUCGAGAGAAUCCAUCCGCGUCCUGUUUGGGCCGAUCAGAUUGAGGGAGACUCCGAGGAGGAGCAGGAGCAGGACGCAGAGGCCGGCCACGCGUCCACAGACGUUUUGGUGUCGACGAAUCCGCUGCUCGAGUUCCUAAAGAGCAACCAGACCCAUAAUAUAAAAAGCCAGGACACACGGUUCUUGCCGGCGGGCAAGAUCGACGUCUCGCGGCUGACAGACGCCAACAUCAAGAAAAUAUCAAGGUCGGCUGUCCAGACACUCUGUUUCCACGAGUCUCAGCCGCUUCUGAUGACCGGAGGCUACGACCGUACGCUCAGAAUCUACCACAUCGACGGGAAAACCAACAACCUCGUGACGUCGUUGCAUCUGCGUAACUCGCCCAUCCAGACGGCGGCAUUCAACGGCGACGACAUUUUUGCCGCUGGAAGACGGCGAUACAUGCACAAAUGGGACGUGCUUGGUGGCUCGAUCGAAAAAAUCAGCAGAAUGUAUGGCCACGAAAAAACACAGCGAUCGUUCGAACAUUUCCGCAUCAGCAAAAACGGCAAGUUUCUCGGCCUCAUGGGAAACUCCGGCUGGAUCAACAUCAUCUCACCAAAGACCGGUGUCUGGCUCAAGGGAUUCAAAAUAGAGGGCACCCUGGUGGACUUUGACUUCUCGCAGACCACCGCCAAAGACGCACAUACCACGCUUGCCGCAGUCAACAGGGCCGGCGAGGUGUGGGAGUUCGACGUCGACGCCGGAACGACGCUCGACAGAUGGACAGACGACUCCGGAACCGGCGUGACCAGAAUCAAGUUUGGCGGCAGCAACAGCAGAUGGCUGGCCGUCGGCAACAACGUCGGCGUCGUCAACGUGUACGACCGCCUCAAGGACUCACACAGGCCGGCCGGCACGGUCGAGAACCUCGUCACGACGAUCUCGAGCAUCGACUUCACCACCGACGGCCAGGUCAUGUGCGUCGCGUCACGUGACAAGAGAGACGCGCUGCGGCUGGUGCACCUGCCAACGUGCCGGGUGUUUUCGAACUGGCCGACGAGCGGGACGCCGCUGGGCCGUGUGACGAGCGUGUGCUUCAGCCCGAACAACGAGCUGCUCGCGACGGGCAACGAGGCCGGCAAGGUGCGGCUGUGGAGGCUGAACCAUUACUAG